AUGGAGAGCCCAAAAGGCCCAUUUAAAGGAGCCCUCUCACAGGUCACUGAAGCGGGCUUUGGGCCUUUAUGCGAGCUCCGCAACAGAGCGUCACGUUUCCCUGUUCCAUCUCGUUUCCCUCCUUCCAUAUAUAAACCCGCCGCUCGCUUCUUGCCUACGGCGAAGGGUGGGAACGAGCAGGGCGGUGCCCGGAUCUUCGGCCCCUCCCAGAAGUACUCCCACAUUAGCCUCAAACCGAGGGAAGAAGAGCAGGGUAUCCAGGAUGAGUUGCCGAAGCAAAACCUCCGAAAGGAGUUGGAAGAGUGCGAGCGGAGACACUUUGCCUCCAAGGCUAAGUCUUGUACUGAAGAUAGAGAUCGAAGGAAAGGUGGGCAGGUACUUUGGAAGGAACAAGGAGAAAAGCUGAAGAUAGAACUGUUCAGAGUGAUAAUGAUGCUGAUGAUCCUGAUGCAUAAGUCAAAGAUGAUGCAGAGAGGUAGUUACUUUUUGUUUUUAUAUCUAUUUGUAGCAUAUCAUUUGAUGUUUUUAUAUCUAUUUGUAGCAUAUCAUCUGAUGUUUUUAUAUUUUUAGCAAGUUAAGAUCAAGAAAAAAUAAUGUCUACUAUAAUUGUGGUGAGAAAGGAUAUUAUAAGAAUCAAGUAACCUAAGAAGUGUAAGGUGAUAACUAUUUAAUUAUGUUUAUUUCUGAUGAUAUAUUUUUUUUGUAUGUGUAAGGAUCUUGAGUGAGUGAUUGACACAGGUGCUUCUUACCAUGCUAUACUACAAAGGGAGUUCUUUAUUACCUAUAAGUCUAAAAAUUUUGGUGUUGUCAAGAUGGGCAACUAUGGCUCGACAAACAUCAUCAACAUGGGUGAUAGUUAUAUAAAAACUAACUUUAACUACAAGUUGGUGCUUAAGGAUGUGAGGCAUGUGGUUCACUUGAGAUUAAAUUUAAUUUUAGUUGGAAGGCUAGAUGAUAAAGACUUUGAUAGCAGAUUUCAUAAAGGACAAUAGAAGCUCAGUAAGAUUUAUCUUAUUGUAGCUAGUGGAAAGAAAUAUCACACUUUGUACAUGUUGUAGGUCAAAACUUGUGGUGAACAGUUAAAUUCUAUAGAGAAAGACUUAAGUAUGGAGUUAUGGCAAAGGCAACUAGGACACAUGAGCGAGAAUGGACUGCAAGUUCUUUCCAAGAGAGAAGUCUUGCCAAAUCUCAAAUUUAUACAUCUGAACUCUUGUAUUAAUUAUUUGGCUAGCAAACGAUAUAAAGUUUUCUCUACUAGUCUUACUUUAUCUAAAAAUACAUACCUUGGAUCGUGUCUAUACAUAUGUAUAUAGUCCUUUGAGGAAAAAUUUUCUUUCUAAAUCUCUUAAUGUUUAUGGUAUUAGUGAUGUAUUUUAUUUUGUCACUUUUAAAAAUUAUUUUUUCAGGAAAGUCUAAGCUUAUGCUAAAGACAAAGAUCAGGUUAUUAAUAUUUUCAAAAAGUUUCAUGCCAAAGUUGAAAGAGAGACAGAAAAUUAAUUGAAAUACAUAAGAUUGGUAAUGAGUACACAAGAUUGUUUGAUGAUUACUACAGGUUACAUGACAUCUAACAUGAGAUGAUAGUUCCUUGUAUGCCUCAGCAUAAGAUCGGAUGAUAGUUCCUAGUAUACCUCAACAUAAUGUAAUUACAGAGAGGAUGAACCAUACCAUCAUAGAAAAGUUCAGAUAUAUGCUUUCAUAGACCAAUCUACCCAAAAGAAAAGUUCAGAUAUAUGCUUUCAUAGACUAAUCUACCCAAAAGGCUUUGAGAUGAGACCUUAAGGAUUACAGUUGAUAUGAUUAACUUGACACCCUAUACAACUUUAGAUGGUAAUAUCGUAGAACAUGUAUAGCUAGGGAAAGAUGCCUCCUACAUGCACUUAAAGUGUUUGGUUGUCAUGUAUUUACACAUGUUUUAAACAUUAAGAAGUCUAAGCCGGAUGGUAAGAUAGAAGAAUAUAUUUUUCUUGGCUACUCACGUAAUUAGUUUGGUUACAGGUUUUGAGAUCCAGAAAAGCAAAAUAUGUUUAAAAGUAUAGAUAUGAUCUUCUUUGAGGAUUGAACCCUUGAGGAUUUAAAGAAUGAGGCACCAACCUCAAUUGAUUGUGACCCACUUACUCCUCUAGUACAUCAGGAUGAUGGGGAGAUGUGCAGAAAGGUGGUGUAAAGGUUAAUGUUGGUCUAUCUAUAAGACAUGUUGAGCAAGAAGAAUAUGAAGAGCAAUUUUUUGUAGAACAUCAAUUGAGAAGAUCUUCUAGACAACAUCAAUCAUCCGAAAGAUACUCUUUUACCUAUGUUACUCUUCUAGACAACAUCAACUUUGAAGAGAUUUUUUCUCAUGUUGUUAAAAUAUCUUCCAUCUAUGUUGCUUUUUGUAUUGUUGCUAGUCUAGACUUAGAGGUUGAGCAAUUGAAUAUGAAGACAACUUUCCUUCAUGGUGAUUUGGAGGAAAUUUAUAUAGAGCAAUUAGAAGGUUUCGAAGUCAAAUGUAAAGAAAAUUUUGUUUGUAAGGAAGAGCUUGUAUAGGCUAAAGCGAGCUUGUAUAGGCUAAAGCAAGCUUGAAUACAAUAGUACAAAAAAUUUGAUACAUUUAUCGCUAAAAAUAUAUACAAAAGAACAGCUUCAGAUGAUAUGCUACAAAUAGAUAUAAAAAGUUUGAUACAUCAAAUGGUUUAGUGAGAAUUUUAUUAUUCACUUACUUUAUAUUAAUGAUAUGCUUAUCCUUAAAAAAGAUAUAUUUACAAUUGACAAGUUGAAGAAAAAACUAAGUGAAUCUUUUGCAAUGAAGGAUAUGGGACAAAGCAAAUAUUAGGUAUGCAGAUUUCUUGUGAUAGAGAAAAAAAAAUUGAUUAUCAUAGGAGAAAAACAUCGAGAAAGUAUUGGAUAAAUUUAAUAUGAGCAAUGCAAAGUUAGUUGGUUCUUUUCUUUCAAAUCACUUUAAGUUAUGCUCAGAUGACAAGGAGAAGAAGAAAAUAUAAAAGAUUCCUUAUGCUUUAAUAAUUAGAAGUUUGAUGUAUGCGAUAGUAUGUACGACGCCGGACAUUGCAUAUAUAGUAAGUGUUGCUAGUAGAUUUCUUACAAAUCUAGGUAAAGAACACUGGAUAGCAGUGAGAUGGAUCUUUAUAUAUCUCAAAGAGAGCUCCAAAGUUUGUUUAAGCUUUGGAGGUGAACUACCUAUGACAGGUUACACAAAUACAGAUAUAGUAAGAGAUAUUAAUACGAAGAAAUCUAUGUUUUGUACUCACUUUUAUUAGAGGAGUUAUGUCAUGACAAUCCAUAUUACAAAGGUAUAUUGCUCUCUCCAUCACAAAGGCAAAAUAUAUUAUUGUUAUGGAUGUUUGCAAAAAAAUAUUAUGGAUGAAAGAAUUCUUACAAAAAUUGGAGCUGAAACAAAAAAAUUAUGUGGUACAUUAUGAUAGCAAAAGUGCCAUCCAUUUGUGUAAGAACUCAACUUUUCAUUUCAAGUUAAAGCAUAUAUAUAUAUAUAUAUUAAGUACCACUGGAGUCACGGUAGGACAGAUAUGUUGACAAAGAUCUUAUCAAAAGAAAGAUAGGAGAUGUGUCGAUAGUUGGUCGGCAUUUAUAUUGAAGAUUCAUAGGAAAACCUUCCUUAUGGGAUGAAGGAAGAGGUUGUUAGGUACAUGACCCAUUAAUUCAGCCUAUGAUGAGCAGUAGUUAUUUAACCUAGUUCUCUUUUAACCUAAACAAAAAAAGGAGGCUUGCAACUGCUGUUGGCCUGACCGGGAGAAACUGCAAUAGCGAUGAUUAAAGGAAAAGGAACAAGAGUAGAAGAAAAUAAAAGAAGAUGUUGACAACAUAAAGGUUGUUCUUAAUUAUCCUAAUAGUAUUCUAGCCGUAGGUUCCAUUAGAUUUGCAGCGGACUCUUGCUUAAGUCAUACAAGAAGAUUUUGAAUAUUAUGCACGGUAACAUAAUUAUUAUAUCUCUAUUAUUCUCCUGUGAUUAUUGUUCGGGUUUUGAGUAAAUAACUUCGAGAUUUAUACAUUCAUUAUUUUUAUAAUAAAUUGACUUCUCUAACUUGUCCCAUAAUUUUUUUUCUUCCACGAUGGAAGAGUUUUUCAAGUAAAUCUUGAUAUUUUAUGUAACUAUGAUUUUAGUUUAAUUUUUCUGCUGUAUGUUAUGAAUUUGUUCACAUACAAGUUUUUUUUUUUAUCCUAUCAAUAAUUUAUUUAUGUUGUUGUUAGCUUUUCUCUAAGACUUCUACAAUUGCAAAUCCAACUAUUCAUCGUGUUGCAAUCUUAAAUUGGUUCUUGAUAAUUGUUUCAGGUAUUUCUUUUUUUCUUCCUUUGUAUAUUGAUAAUCCCUUACACGGAGUUUGUAAAUUUCUUAAUUUCUCUCUCUCUCUCUUUCUGCUGAAUAUUUUCAGAGGAAGAAUAUGUGCAUUAGUAGUUACAGUGAAUUGGAUUCAAGUGGUGGAGACAAAUGUUGUUUAUAUUUAUGUGGACCGAAGACAAAAGCCGAGAACAAAUACUGUUUUAUAUUUAUGUUCGAUGUUUUCAUGUGCAGAUUA